CUCUUGUGCGGCGCUCCUAUGCAUUGCAUAGUGGUUCUGUUUCAGCGUGGGACUUGGAAGCUUCUUGCUGUGUCUGAAUGUGGAAAUGCAGUCCACAGACCUGUAGCUGUGCCGCGUAUCCGGUCUCGAGCCCCUUUCUGAGACAGAUGUGCCAGCUUUGAUCACGACCACGCAGAAGACACGAAAACAUUUUCCUGCAGUUCACCUGUAAAAUCACAUCUACGUUUCUGCAUUAUUUUAGAUCGCAGCUGUUACGUCGCGUGGAACAGGUGCACCGCGACACAUUUAAAUUCACCUGUGACCCAGCAGAACUGGACAUUGUAAACCAAAGAGACGAGAAGCUAACAGAGGCAGAACCUUUCAAGCCUGCAGCUGAUUUAGAACCACCAGGUAACCUAACCCCACUGACUGCUGUCUGUGGACCGUGCGAGGAAGACGGAGAGAACCCACGCCACAGGGAGAAGAUGAAAACUACACACAGAAAAGCCCCGGCCAGAUGGUGGAUUCGAACCCAGGACCUUCUUGCUGCGAGGCGAAUCACUGCUGCCUGGAAUAUUUUAACAAAAUCAUGAUUGCUUCAUUGGCAUGACUGGGCCUCCCUACCUCAGCUGGGGACGUUUAGGCGUUUCAAACUGACGUUAAACACGCCUGACGUCACAUCUCAGCGAGGAGCCUCCUCCUGACGUCACGUAGAGUUUUUAGGGGAUUUGCGCCGGUCGGUGGAUCAUUGAUGGUGUGCGCGCGUGGGUAUCAGCAUGAGGAGCGCCAGGACGUUGUGGCAGGUCGCUGUGAUGGUGAAGCGGAGCCUUCAUCAUCACCAUCCUCCUUCUCAACGCUCUGCGGGGAUCAUCGGAGCACCUUUCUCCAAGGGACAGUCCAGAGGCGGAGUGGAGCAGGGACCGGACAGGAUUCGCGCCACCGGCCUGCAGCAGCGGCUGCAGCAGCUGGGCUGUGCAGUGAAGGAUUAUGGGAACCUGACAUUUGAAGAUGUGACCGUGGAUGAGCCUGUGGGUUUGCUGAAAGGUGUGAGGGCAGUGGGAGGUGCCAACCGGAGGCUGUCGGAGGCGGUGCGGGCAGUGAAGGAGGAUGGGCACACGGCCGUGAUCCUGGGAGGAGACCACAGUCUGGCAAUUGGAUCUAUCCACGGUCACUCGGCGGCAGUCGGGGAGCUGAGCAUCGUGUGGGUGGACGCCCAUGCCGACAUCAACACACCACUGACCUCGUACACGGGAAACAUCCAUGGGCAGCCCGUGUCCUACCUGCUCCAUGAGCUGCACUCCAAGAUUCCCGUUUUACCGAACUUCUCCUGGCUGAAGCCAUGCGUGUCCGCCAGGGACGUGGUCUACAUCGGCCUGAGAGACGUGGAUCCAGCAGAGCACUACAUCCUGAAGAUGCUGGGUGUGAAGAUGUUCUCCAUGUCUGAGGUGGAUCAGUUCGGUGUGGCCCGAGUCAUGGAGGAAACAUGUGACUACCUGUGUGCCAGAGGGAAGAAACCGAUUCACCUCAGCUAUGACAUCGACGCCAUCGACCCCUCUGUUGCCCCAGCAACUGGGACGCCUGUAGUCGGAGGGCUCACCUACAGAGAGGGAGUUUACAUCACAGAGCACCUGUGUCAGACAGGCCUGCUGUCAGCGGUGGACCUAGUGGAGGUGAACCCUCUGAGGGGUCAGACGGAGGAGGACGUCCGCUCUACUGUCAGCACCGCCGUCGACCUGGUGCUCGGCUGCUUCGGACGUGUGCGUGAGGGAAACCACGCGCCGGAUUACCACCUCCCUGAACCUUAAUACUGGCCUCUCCAAUGACACCUGAAGGUCUUGCUCAUCCCCAACAGAAACUGAAGGACCAAUCAGAUUUUUCCCUCUAAAGCCCACAGGUGGUUCAUUUCAUACAAUUCCUUCUGCAUGAUGUCACCUGUCUGCACGCUGUAACAGUCGUAAUUGUGAUGUCUCUUUACGACAGUCUGGUCUUGUUGUGUUGAUGUCACCAGUGUGCGCCCACCGCUCCUCGGUAGAGAGCGCGGGAGAUGUUCUUGCAGACAGACAUUUUGGCUUGAGGCGGACCUUUCCCUUUUAUUUUUUGUACCGUCAUAGGUUGUAUGAACACUGCUCGUUUUCAUGUGUGUUUAUGUAGCAGCCGUUCAACCGGGCUUCAUAAGGUUGUGAAGAUUACGUUUAUUAAAACGGCAACACUGAAAUUCUCAGUGCCAGUGUGCUUGUGUGUUUUUUUGGCUGCUCGCCGCCUCCUCUUCACCACCGAACACAACCCAGACGUUACGCCUUGAAGAUCUGGUCUUCCUGCCAACGGAGCGCAUGCUCUGAUUAUAAUAGCAUCAAUUAGCAACUGAUCAAUCACCUGUUUUGUUUUUAAUUAUUAAAUUUAUAUGUAAAAAAAAAGUGUUUACUUCUUU